CACUGGCAAUGAUACAGCAAACAAGGACUCGGUUAGACACAUCGAGAUGGACUUAGCGAGCACUUUUCAUCACUACAAAUCCGGAUAUUUGGUGGACACCGUUGUCUUUUGACGUGAGACGGAAUUUAUUUUUCGCCAGGAUCAUUUCUGUUGCGGGAAAAAGGGUACUCGACGUCCGGGAGAGGAAUGGAUGCGACGACUGGUUUCCUGCGACACACACCGGCCAGCUAAGAAGAUUCCACAUUCACUUUGAAGACCACCUGAGUGCACCUUAACUGUUGAGGGCUGGACUUGUGUCAGCGCGCUUAAUUGUGACGCUAAUAUCAGCAAAAUAAUCCGAAUUAGUGAAAAUGUACACAAAGUGAUAGAACAGAGUGGCUAAUCGCUACUGGCGACCCAACAGAGCUUGAAGCUAACCGACGACUAGCUGAAAUUCGCAUUCUUUGUUUAUUUUAUUUGCUCCAUUGAAUCCAGUGUUUUUAUCUUUCUGAAGUUGGACUCAUACUUGCGUUGAGAAUAGGGACACCGCUUAUAAGUUCGCCUUCAGUCUAACUACAGGCCGGAACGUUGUACUUGAUUUUUAAAGGACAUAAAUCAUCUGACUUCUCACUUAUGGCUCGUUAGUGUCGCGGUACUGCAGCUGACCCAGCUAGCUAGCAUCUGUGUUAGCUAGUCGGUAGCGCAAACAGUCGUCAGCCACUUACUGGCCUUUCGUAACUCCUUGACGGUAACGAUGCACCACCAGGACUUCUCUGGAGACCCGCCUGCCACCGGGAGCAGGAAAACGGCGUACCACUACAGGAGGGGAAGCAGCGGUGCGUCUGCCUCCUCCGCAGCCGGUGGCAGUGUAGUGAACACGGGUGACGACAAUCCGUCCCAGCCUGGAUCCUCUUCACCCGGACUGCACCACCAGCCCCAGUCCCAAGUGGCUGGCGCUCAGGUGAAGAAGAAGAGUGGCUUCCAGAUAACAAGUGUCACCUCAGCUCAGAUCAAUGUGAGUGGCAACAACAGUUUGGCAGAUGACACCGAGAGCUAUGAUGACAUGGACGAGUCGCACACAGAAGACCUCUCCUCCUCUGAUAUGCUGGAUGUUUCGGUGUCCAGAGCCACGGAUACAGGUGUGCCGGAGAGAAGCUCUUCCGAUGAGACAUUAAAUAGUCUCCAUGGGGUCGACACACCUGGACUUGUGUCACCCAACGAACCCCUUCACCCUCAUUCCAUCCCUCAGGGGUCUCAGCAGCACACUUCUAUGGUGAAUGGGACCAUGCAUCAUCAUUAUUAUCCCCAGCAACACAGCCAGACCCACCAUCAUCACUCUGAUAGCUUGGGAGGAGGUGAACCCUCAUUGCCAACUCUUCCCAUUUCUCCCUUGGCUAAUUCCAGCCCAGCUAUGGCUUCCAAAGCUGGGCCUAGCCAGUCCCAGAGGCCUCCAAUGUUGGAUAACACUAAACCUGCAGGUGGGACCAACCAACCAUUAGCCCCUAUUGGUGGUGGGACAGCCACUGAACCACUCCAACAUGGCAGUGUUAACAUUUCUAACGUGUCUGCUGUCACUGCUGCUACAGUUCCUCCUUCUGGGCCUGCAAGUUUUGACAACACUGGCAUGAGUGGGCAAAUAGCUUCUGUUGGAGGAGGAACAGUCCUGUCUGCUGCCACCCCCAACACUCAGACCCAGCACACUCAAACUCAGACAGCGACCGGCUCUCGUUUUAGGGUGGUCAAAUUAGACACUAACUCUGAGCCGUUCCGCAAAGGAAGAUGGACAUGUACAGAGUAUUAUGAAAAGGAGAUUCCUCAGCCAACUACAGCUGAGGCACCAAGAGGUGCAGAGGUGGUUGCAGAGACUGAGGCAGGUAACGCUGCGAUCAGUCAGAGCAUGCCUGCUGUACAGCCACCUCACACGCUGCAGCCCUAUCAGCAGCCGAGCCAGGACUUUACUAGUCCACAAGCCAUGCAGAGCCCACCACAAGUUUCCUAUGUUUCACCCCAGGAGGUUGUUGGUGGGGCUCACUUGCAGAAACCAGUGGCUCCUCUCGCUCUCCCUACAGCAACACCACAGGCCGGCGGAAGUCAGCCUCCCUCUAUAAUACCCCAGCAGUUGCCCUAUGCUGUAGAUCCCCACCAGCCUCAAGCCCAGGGAGGUUACACUGCACCUCAGCUCCCUGCAGGGGUUAUGGCCCCAGGAAGUGUCCGACAGCCAGACUUUAUUCAGCCCACCGCACCUUUCCAGAACCAAGUGCAACCUCCGCUGCCGCAUGUUACAACAGGAAUCUCAAUGACACCAGUUCCAGGGGUCACAGCACAGCAACCUGUCAGCAUAACUCAACAGUUGCCUCUCCAAGGUCAAGUAGCCCCACCUGCCCAGGCAACGUUUGCAGGACAGCCACAGACCCUCCCAACUCAACCCCAACCUCACCCACAGCCACAAGUCCAGCCCUCGUCCACUGCCAUAGUCCCAGGAGCGCACACCCACGGGACCUCUUACAUGCCUCUGACUGCUGUCCUCCAACCCCUCCUUACCCCGGGUGCGACCUUCACCCAGGUUCCUGGAGGAGGGAGCGCCAUCAAAACCUCCCAGCUAGAGGAUGCCCAGAAGCUUCUGCUCCAGCACCAAGGCCUGCUGGGCCUCCCCAGGUUCGGGGGGGCAGCAGCAGGUGGAGAGGGGGCUGCGGAGGCAAGCAGUUCUGCUGGAACACUGGCCCACAUGGGGAUGUCAGCUGAGGCCAGCGCCUUCAUGGCUGCUGCUGCUGCAGGCCUCAGGACUCAGCACGCUGAAGGAGAGGAGGACAGCUCCUCGGGUGCAAGUGUUGUGGCCAUUGACAACAAGAUUGAACAAGCUAUGGACCUGGUGAAGAGUCACCUGAUGUACGCUGUGCGUGAGGAGGUGGAGGUGCUGAAGGAGCAGAUCAAAGAGCUGAUCGAGCGCAACACUCAGCUGGAGCAGGAGAACAACCUGCUCAAGAACCUGGCCAGCCCCGAGCAGAUGGCUCAGUUCCAGGCGCAGGUCCAGACCGGCGGCUCCCCGACCACCACCGCUCAGCCUCCGGUCCCGGUCCCAGUCCCGGCCGGGACGACACAAGUCCUCCCCUCCACACAGAGCUCCGGCACGUCUGCGUAACACAGAAGAUGCACGCUGGAGGACCCUGAGGAUGAGGGGUGGGGGGAUGGAAGGAGGAGGAUGAGGAUGAGGAUGGAGUCUUGCCAUACUGUGAACUGACUCUAUGCCACCGUCUCAAAGAGCGCACACUUCAAGCUAACCGGAGGACGAAAAACAACUUUCUUUUGUUGCACAUUUAAUUUAACUGAAAGACUUUGGAGUUGCACCACUGUGUGUGUGUGAGUGUGAGAGUGAGUGAAUGUGUUUGUGUGUGUGUGUGUCCGUCCCCGCUUUGUCUCCUACUUUUAUGACCUGCUUCAGACAAUCGUCGUUGUCGUGGUAAUCAUCAUGAUGAUGAUGAUGAGGGGAAGGACAGGGCUUACAGGAAGUGACUGUCGAUCCUUACAGCCACCUCCGCCACCAUUGUUCAGGGCCACCCGGGGGGGGAGGAGCUAACUCCGGGCCCGCCCAAUCAGGGGAACACGUCGCAUGCUCUUGUCAGUGCCGUCGAGUCCCUCACAGUGUGACCUGUGGAAAGCGUGCCAUCGUCUCGCCCCACCCCCGCCUCAACCUGGCACUGUCCACCUGCAUCACGCAGAUUUCUUACUCAGCGUCUUGUUUUAUGUUUGUUUUUUUUAGUGCUGUGGUCCGUGCACUUUUUCCAGACGAUGCUGACAAUGGACGAACUGUACAGAUUCGUAUGACCCAUCUGGAAUGGGAGUCAAAGAGUCCAGCUCACUUUUUUUCUCAUCCUCACAGUUUGUGAAGACGUCGAGAGCCUUGCUGUUCUGGGUUGAGGGCCUGGGUUAGUAAGAAUUAUGAAAUAUAUAUCAGCUGCGCCUCAUUGUUCACUUUGAGGACUGUGUGUUCUUCCCUGAGGUUCACGCCACCGGGAUCCCACCCUGAACGCACUCUCCCCCGUCUCGGAUGGAGCAUUAAACAUUUAUGCAGGGAAUCAAGGCUUUUUUAGGGAGGGGUUAGGAUUUGUUUUUGUCUGUUUAUGUUUUUGCUCUUGUUGGUGUAAUUAAUGUCCUAGUGAUCUGUAAAAAUAAUUAAUGGAGAGGCAAAUAAGUAGGACAUGACUGUUUCUAGGUAGUGAACUUUGUACAGAUUAAAUAUUUCCAAUUAAACUCUGCCAAGUGCCUGGUUUCUAACCAUAGAUACAUAUAUAAGAGCUUUUUUAGUUGUUUUAUUCAAUACGUGUGUAUAUAUAUUUAUAUAUAUACAUAUACAUGCAUAUAUAUAUCUAUGGUUUUGCCAGGUUUUGAACUACCUGUGAUGUCAUUACUCAGGGUGGGAACAGAAGAGGAUUAUUUACCUCCACACUAAGAUGCUGUCUCUCCUGCAGUGACACACGGCCUUGUACUGUACGUGAACUUUCCUCUGCCGUCGCUUAACUCACUCGCUCAAAUUAUCUGGACUCUUACCGUUUGGAGACGUGUGUAGUUUUGUAAUGGAUGGCGAUGGUGUUUUUGUUUUUUUGUCUUUUCAUUUCUUUGUCUUUUUGUACAGCCAAGUGUUUGAGUUGCUCAUAGUGCAACUGGAGCGCUGAACACGAUAAUGAGACACUUGGCAAAAAAAAAAAAAAAGGACAGUGCCUAGCACAAGUAUGUCGAUGUUCUGUGCAUGUUCCUCAGCCCAUCACAAAUGUGACGUUACAAUUGCACUAGACAGUUGCACCUCAAAUAAACAUGAAAACAA